AUGGAGAAACAGCAGAUUGUCCUGGGUAGCCGGGAUGGUGGGACUGUGUCUGGUGCAGCGCCUGCCUUUUUUGUCAUCCUGAAACAACAGCAGGGAAAUGGAAAAGCUGACCAAGGAAUCCUAGUAGCAAACCGUGAUGCUUGUGCUCUCGCCAGUAGCGUAUCAACUUCGAUAAAAUCCAAAGUCAAGACCUGCCUGCCAGCUGACUGUGUCUCAGGGGGCAUUACCGUCACCCUGGAUAACAACAGUAUGUGGAAUGAAUUCUACCAUCGCAACACAGAGAUGAUUCUGACGAAGCAGGGGAGGCGCAUGUUCCCGUACUGCCGGUACUGGAUUACAGGUCUGGAUGCCAGUCAGAAGUACAUCCUAGUCAUGGACAUAUCCCCUGUGGACAAUCACCGAUACAAGUGGAAUGGCCGUUGGUGGGAGCCCAGUGGGAAGGCAGAACCACACGUUCUCGGGCGAGUGUUUAUUCAUCCAGAAUCCCCUUCCACUGGCCAGUACUGGAUGCACCAGCCGGUAUCCUUCUACAAACUCAAACUUACCAACAAUACGCUGGACCAGGAGGGUCAUAUAAUCUUGCAUUCCAUGCACCGUUAUCUGCCGCGACUUCACUUGGUGCCUGCAGACAAAGCCACAGAAGUCAUUCAGCUCAAUGGCCCUGAUGUCCAUACGUUUACCUUUCCACAGACAGAGUUCUUCGCAGUUACAGCCUACCAGAACAUCCAGAUUACCCAGCUGAAAAUAGAUUACAAUCCUUUUGCUAAAGGAUUCAGAGAUGAUGGGUUGAAUAGUCGACCUCAGCGUGAUGUGAAACAAAACAGUAACUUAGAAUUGGAAGGAGGUGAUGUUUUUGGCGCUGCUAGCAUUCGUGGUCGCCCUGCUGAAGUUGAUGCAUUAGAUUUGCAUCAGCGAAGUUUAGAUUCUUCAUUCAUUGGUCAAAACCCAUCAGACAUUGAUCUGGAAAAAGAGUCCUUUAAUGCAGAAAGGGACUUCCUCGGUUUCCUGGACACUGACCUGUCUUCAGGUGAUAUGCCAAAGCUAAAACAAGAAAUCUCUGAAAGUCCCAUGGCUAGCAGUUACGAAAGCAGUUCCCGUGUGGCAUCCCCACUGGACCCAAAUGGACACUUUAAUGUAGUCAUUAAAGAGGAACCAGUAGAUGACUAUGACUACGAGUCAAGUAUUUGCACCCAAGGAAUAAGUGUGAAACAGGAAGACACAGAUGAAGAAACUGAUGAGUAUUCCAACACUGAUGAUGAUGAUCCCAUCCUACAAAAACAUCUGAUGAGACGCGGUGGAACAGAUGGGAUUGAUGGAGAAUUCAGGUCUAGGAAGCGUGUGCUAACCAGUCCUUCAGGUGUUGCCAAAGCAAAAAUGUUAAAACUGGAUAGUGGGAAGAUGCCUGUGGUCUAUUUGGAACCUUGUGCAGUCACAAAGAGCACAGUGAAGAUAUCUGAGCUGCCGCAGACCAUGCUCUCCUCUUGCAAGAAAGAUAAAUCCCCUUUGAGUGCAAUACUGGAUUCCUUGCCUGUGUGUUUUGAAAAUCACAAAGGCUCUUGCUCAGGCACAGCCACUGUAACUGAGGAGUUAGUUAUGAAAAAACAAUCUCCUGGGAGUAAAAUGUCACAGAAAUACUCUUCAAUCAGAGAGGCCCAGUGGGCUCUAUCUAAAUCACCUAAUUUUAAUGUCAGGGGCUCAGUAAGCUGUCACUUUUCAGCUAAAGAGAUCUGUGGAAGAAAAAGGCCUGGCAUACUGAAGAGUCCUAUGUCCCUGAAAGGCUCUGGUAGCAAUCAAAAUACCCUAUCAUCAGUAACAACUAAAAGAGGAAGGCCACGGAAACUGAAAAUUUCCAAGGCUGGUCGACCACCUAAAGGUAUAGGGAAAACUGUAAUAACAAGCAAGAACACCCCUGUGGGGCCUGGGAGUAUCCUUCCAGAUGUUAAGCCGGACCUUGAAGAUGUUGAUGGAGUCCUCUUUGUGUCCUUUGCAUCAAAGGAAGCUCUUGACAUUCACACUGUUGAUAGAGCUGGAGGAGAAGAGUCACAGAAUCUUCAGGCUCCCUUGUUGACUACAAAUGAUCCAGAUUGUCAAGCAAGAAUACAAGUACUGGAAAAGGAAUUAAUGGAGGAGCUGAAGACCUUGAGGCAUAAGCAAGUAAUACAUCCUAGCCUUCAGGAAGUGGGACUGAAGUUGAAUUCUGUGGACCCAACAAUGAGCAUUGACUUGAAAUACUUGGGGGUGCAGCUUCCUCUUUCCUACUCAAAUUACUCUUUGUGGAGCUAUCCAGGAUCCAAUCCCAAUUCUCCAGAUACCGGAUUUCCUUUUGUUUCCAGGACAGGAAAGACAAAUGAUUUCACAAAAAUCAAAGGCUGGCGAGGGAAACUUCAUGGUGCUUCUAGAAACGAAGGUGGUAGUUCAGAAGGUUCCUUGAAGAAUCGCUCAGCAUUCUGUAGUGACAAGCUGGAUGAGUACCUGGAAAAUGAAGGGAAAUUGAUGGAAACGAGUAUGGGAUUCUCUUCUAGCACUCCCACUUCUCCUGUGGUGUAUCAGCUUCCCACUAAGAGCACUAGCUAUGUGCGAACACUUGACAGUGUUUUAAAGAAGCAGUCCACCAUAAUUCCGUCAACAUCUUACACAUUCAAGCCUGCUCCUCUGUCAUCUACCUCUAGGAAGACAAAGACUCAAAACAGACAGACAUCUACAAACAGAGUAAAAUCAUCUUACAAGCCUAUACUGCCUUCACCUUUUCCUGCAAAGCAGAAACAGAACUCUUCAGCAUCAGGGGAAAAGGCUGCUAAGUCUGUCUCAAAUAGCAGUUUGACUAACCAAGCAGAUAGUUUUGUGGUGCCAGCUCUGGAUGAAAACAUACUUCCAAAACAGAUUAGUUUGCGCCAAGCACCACAACAGCAACAAGCAGCUCGUCCACCAGGUUUGUCUAAAUCUCAAGUGAAGUUAAUGGACUUGGAAGACUGUGCUCUCUGGGAUGGCAAACCACGGACCUAUAUUACAGAAGAACGGGCAGACAUCUCUCUGGCAACCCUGCUUACAGCUCAGGCUUCUCUCAAAAAUAAACCUAUCCACAAAAUAAUAAGACGACGAGCACCUCCUUGCAAUAAUGAUUUCUGUCGACUGGGUUGCGUAUGUGCCAGUCUAGCACUGGAGAAACGUCAGCCUACCCACUGCCGCAGGCCAGACUGUAUGUUUGGUUGUACUUGCUUGAAGAGAAGAGUGUUGCUGGUGAAGGGAGGAUCAAAACAUAAGAAAAUAAUGAAAAAGGCUGUGCGUGGAAGUCUUGUGUUCUAUGGAACACAAGAAGAACAGCAAGAGGAUGAAGAUGUGGAAGAAGAGGGUGAUGGGGAAGAAGAUGAGCUGAAGCAGAAAGAUAAGAAGAAGCGAAAAAGGGUGGAAUACACAAUCUGUGACUCGGAGCCAGAACAGCCUAUUAGGAAUUGUCCAUUGUGGGUGAAAGUAGAAGGCGAAAUAGAUCCAGAGCCAAUUUACAUCCCAACACCAUCUGUUAUUGAACCAGUUAAAUCUGCAGUACUGCCCAACCCAGAAGUCUUGCUUUCUAGUAAGCAUAGAUCUUCCAGUGGAAUGAAACCAGGCAGAGUGUAUACUCCUAAACCCAAUCCAGUGAUUCGAGAGGAAGACAAAGAUCCUGUCUACUUGUACUUUGAAAGUAUGAUGACUUGUGCAAGGGUCCGAGCAUAUGAACGCAAGAGGGAGGAGAAAAAGCAACAAAAAGACAAAAGUGAUUCGCAGAAUUCUAGUAUAAAGGAGCAUGAACCAGAGCUUCAGUCUUCUGAGAAAGCAACCUGUGAGAUAGACAAAGACACUGAUAAAUCAGGAGGUAAGAAGAAAAGCUGGUGGUCUUCCCGUAGUGAGGGGGACUCUUCCUCCACCUCCUAUGUUCAUCACACCACUCCAGGUGGACCAACCAAACUUAUCGAGAUUAUCUCUGACUGCAACUGGGAGGAAGAUCACAAUAAGAUCUUGAGCAUCUUAUCACAGAAUAUCAACAGUAACGCGCCACAGUGCCUCAAAGCGGGUAGCUUCAUUAUUGAAUUGGCUUCGGAACAUAGGACCGAGGAUGAGAACCACCCUCCCGUCUACUCCUCCAGACUGAAAAUUUCAGUGCCGUCCUACCAGGACAAGGACGAGAAGCCUGAGAUACCUGUCUUGGAGACUCCUGAUAGUGGAGUGCCGUCACGCAAAAACCCAGAAAAUCUGAAGUUCUUGCGGGCAGACACAUUGGACAAACUGCGGGAGAAGUUACAUGGGGGCAAAGGCUUGCCUUUUUAUGCAGGGGUUUCUCCUGCAGGAAGGCUGGUCGUCUACAAACGCAAAGCUAAUAUGAGCCCCUCAGGCUUGAUUCAGGUUAAUGAUAAAAGGUAUCCUCAGGCCAAACUGCUUUUGGGACAGAUGGGGGCAUUACAUCCCGCCAAUCGGCUAGCAGCUUAUAUCACAGGCAGGCUGCGACCCACAGUACUUGAUAUCUCAACCCUCAGUACUGUGAUCUCCAAGGUAGCAUCCAAUGCUAAAGCAGCUGCUUCUGGGACACCAUCAGUCCAGGUGCCCACAACAUCAACUCCCAAAACUACAUCUUCCACCAGCACUACUUCAACCCCCACUGUGACGACUCUGAAAACCCAUGUCCCAGCACAGAGACAGAUAGCUGCCCGACCCUCACCUGGUGGUGUGUUCACACAGUUUGUGAUGAACAAAGCCGGAGCUCUACAGCAGAAGAUUCCUGGAGCGAGCACACGCCAGCCUCUGUCAGGGCCACAGAAGUUCAGUAUCAAGCCUACGCCGAUAAUGGUUGUUGCUCCCGUGGUUCCCUCAAGGCCAUCUCCAGCUCAGUGCACAGUCUCUCCUGGGGUCACUACAGCCACCACCACUUCUCCAGUUACUGUGGAAAGUACCAGUGUGGCAGCAUCUACUGUGACCACUCCUACGCAAACAAAGGCUAAUGAACCUGCCUGCUCUCCUCCUGCAAUUACAGUCACAGCUGCUCCUGCAACACCUGGAAUCAACACCUGUACUACUCCCUCAGCCACCACUUCUACUGCCACUGCGACCAUAACAAAAGCAGCGGGGAUUGUUGCACCGGUAGCAACCACGUCAUUCCCUAAAACUGUAGUAACAACACCAACUGUUACUUGUCCUGUUGUCACAACAUCCACUUCUACAGUUGUACUAACAACGACUGCAACAGCUACAUCUGUGGUGACCACACCAACUUCCUCUGCUGGCUCUGUUCCGAUUAUACUAUCAGGAGUUAAUUCAAGUCCUUCACUGAAUCCAAAAAGAGAAGAUCCUACUCCACAAGCUGUAAGUAAGACUCCUCAGAAGAUGUCUCCUGGAACAGAGAAACGUGUAGGACCUCGAUUGUUGCUGAUUCCAGUGCAUCAGACAUCUCCUGCUUUACGACCGCUGAACAACACGCAGCUUGCUCAGAGGCAGAGGAUGAUCCUUCAGCCUCUCAGGAGCCCUGGUGGUGUGAACCUGUUCAGACAUCCUAAUGGGCAGAUAAUUCAGCUUGUACCACUGCAUCAGUUUCGAGCUGCAGGUGCUCAGCCCAGUGUGCAGCCAGUGAUGUUCCGCAAUCCAGGAUCUGUUGUAGGAAUCCGGUUGCCUGCACCUUCUAAGCCUCCUGAGUCACCUGUGUCUCCCACUUCCUCAGUGUCUUCCACUUCUCCUGCCACAAAUUCAGCUGUACAAACUGCAGUCCCCAAGUUAUCCCCUACAUCAAACCUAGCCACUCAAGCAUCUUCUCUUCUUCCUUCCGUAACAAGUUUUGUGUCACAGGCAGGCACUCUGACUCUGAGGAUCUCUCCUCCUGCUGCUAGCGGCGUGACAAAUCAAACAGCCUCCGAGUCUAAAAUAACGUGCAGCUCAGGUGGUCUGCCAGCUACCACUGCUAAUCUCAUACCUUUACAAUCCGGUAGUUUUGCUUUACUUCAGCUCCCAGGACAGAAGACUGUGCCAAACUCCAUUCUUCAUCAUUUCGCAUCUCUUCAGAUGAAGAAGGAUUACAGGAAAAUAUGCAAAAAGGAGGACUUGGGUGCUGCUCAGCAGAAGGAGAAUGGGAAGGCUUCACGCUCAGAUGACAUUGAAGUUAUAGAGUCUGAGAUCACAGUGUCAGACAGGAAACAAGAAGAAAAUCCGUUGUCAGUUAACCAGUCAAAUAAUGUUGAAGAAUCAGCAGCUGGCACAAUCACACCUGAUAGAAAUUCCACUACAUUAGAGAUGGUGGAGAAGGACUCGAAGGUGCUAGAGAGUUCUUGUGAUGAUAGCUCUUCCUCUCAGCAUGAUGUUUCUGCAGAUGUCGUAUCAUCUGACCAUUCAUACAUCAGUGAGAAGCCAAAUGAUGAGGAAGAAAAAGGGGCCUUUGAGGAGAAAGAGGAUUCUGUCAGUUCUGAAACUGUAGUGGAGGCUGUUUCAGCUAACUCUGAAACUGUUUGUGGGUCAUCAGAUCAGUCUCUAGUUGCUCCUCUGGAUAAUGCACAUCCACAGAGUCUUGAGAAUGAGGAGACUGGACAGUUGAAGAACCGUGGAAAGGAACAGAUACGUGCUGAACAGGAAGAGAAACCAGUAAAAGAGCAGGAAGGAGAUGCACAGACAAAGGUGAAGGAGGACAACGAGGCAAGUUCUGGGCAGUCACAGAGUCAACAAGAGCAAGAUACGCAGCUGGAGAACAAGAAGGAACAGAGAGGGACUGAACUGUCUCAGAACAAGCAAGAAUGCCAGGGUGAUGCCUUGCAGCCAGAUAUGGAAAGGAAGGAGUACAAGGGCUCUACAGAAGCAGCAAGUGUAAGAGAGAAAAAAGGAAGUAAGUCUGAAAUCAGUUCUGCAAAAGAGCAGGAUAAUGCUUCAGGAGAAGAGUAUACCAUCAAUACCGAGGAAGGCAAAGCAGACAUAGCUGGGCAGGAGGGCAGUAACAACAAAGAACGAGGUGCUUUUGAUUCUCAGGAAGAAAUGAAAACAGGUCACGAUAUUGUAACACAUGUCAACAGUUCUUGGAGCAAAAUAUCUAGCAUUGUACCCACUUUAGAAAAUAAAAGCGAGGCAGAUAACAAAGCUGAUACAGCUGAGAAAAGUGACUUCCUGACACCAGAAGAGAGGGCACAGGAAGCCAGGCAUCACAAAAAGGGUUACAUGCCCACUAUUGAUAUAACUGCUGAUGAUAUGGAAGAGGAAGAAGAGGAGGAUGAUGAUGAGGAUGAAGAGGAUGAAAAAACUGAUGAUUCUGCUGAUGAGAUGCUGGAUGGUGCUUCUGACUUCCCAAGUGAAGAGGAAGUAGAUGUUGAAAAAGUGGAUGCGUGUGAAUACAGUGAGGAUGACGAGCAGGUGGACAUUGAGACCGUGGAGGAGCUUUCAGAGAAGAUUAACAUUGCCCGUCUGAAGGCCACAGCUGCUAAUAUCCGACCUUCCAAACAGAAAUACCAUGCUCGUAAUUCUUCGGAUGAAAAAUUAUCAGAAAAACCUACGAAGAAACCUCAAUUGUGGAACAGAAAGCUGAAGACUGAGGCAGAAGCCUUUGCUCAUUACCGCCAGACACACACAGCAAAUGAACGCCGGCGACGUAAUGAAAUGAGAGAUCUCUUUGAAAAAUUGAAGAGAACUCUGGGGUUACACAACCUUCCCAAGGUCUCCAAAUGCUACAUUCUCAAGCAAGCCUAUGAAGAAAUCCAAGGAUUGACUGAUCAGGCAGAUAAACUUAUGGGACAGAAGAACUUACUGACACGCAAACAGGAUGUUUUGAUUCGAAAAGUAUCGACGCUUUCAGGGAAGACAGAAGAGGUUGUCUUGAAGAAGCUAGAAUAUAUUUAUGCCAAACAAAAAGCAGUAGAAGCACAAAAAAAGAAGAAACAAGCUGAGCCAGAGGAAUCUGUUGUAACUUCAACUGCUAGCACACAGCAAGAAGGAUCUUCUGCUCCCUCCAGAGAGCUGGCCCAAAUCACUAUGACAAAUAGAAGAGGCAAGCCAUUGAUACUCGCCAGAAAAGGAGGCCGUGCCACAGAGGACACCUCAUCCUCUCUUACGCUAACGGCUGCAAGCCUAGUGAUGACUCCGCAGGGGCAGGUGCUUACACUGAAGAGCCCACUGGUACCAGGGCAGGUGGCAGCUGUUCCUUCCACACUAUUGCAAGCUGAAUUAAAGCCUCGAGCUGUCAGUACUACCAUGACAGCACAGCCAGGUAUUGCUUCUGUGAUGAUUCAGCUGCCAGGAUCAACAGUUCCUGUCCAAGUAAAAGGAAUCCUUACUAACUCUACCAUUCCCAUUACACUGUCAACUGUUGCUGGAAACCCAGUGCCCUCAACAGUAGUAUCAGCUACAGAGCCCCAUUCAGAAAGCGAAGAUUCAUUCAUGAUGCCAAAGAUUGUUAAUGUAACAUCACUGGCUGCUGAGGGAAGCAUGAGUCUAAACCUGAACAGAAACAAAAAUUCUAAUAUAACAACAGCUUCAGGAGCUCAGGCUUCUGAGAAAUCCUUGGUUGUAGCACCCCUUGAAAGUAGGAAGAGUGAUAGCAUCCUUUCAGAAGAAAAAGCCAAACCAUGUCCUGGAGAUGGUGGCGGAGAAGGAAGAAAUACCACAGGUCCCACAAAAGUUUUCUUUGAAAAUAAAGAUGGCUUUCCACAGCUCCGGAACGUAUCGUGUACAAAGGAACCUCCAGAGCCCUUUAGCAAAAAGCUCUGCAUUGGUGAGUUUGUAGGAAGCCAAGCCAGGAGGAAAGACGGUGAUCCCGGAGGGGAAAGAUUAAAAUCUAAAGAAUUGCCAUUCCGCAAGCUGCAGAUCAAAGAUUCCAGGAUAGAAAUGGAAUUGAGGAAGGUAGCAUCUGCAAUGGAGGAAGCAGAACUGGAUGCAAGUGAGUUACUGAGCAGCAUUGAGGAGAGCGAUGACACGGACGAAACCCUCACUUCACUGCUCAAUGAGAUUGCCUUCCUCAACCAGCAGUUGAACGAUGAUGCUUCAGCUAUGUCAGAACUGCCCAGCACUCUAAACUCAGAUUUCUCUCAUGAAGAUGCAGAAGCUCGUCGGGGAACAGCCAGUGAUCUCACCGCUGCAGAUGGGUCUUCCUUCCAGUUUGGCCAUUUGGGAGGCAGUUUUAAGGACCUUUCUGAAGUUCCAGAGGGUGGUGGCUCUAUAAGCCCUCUCCUGCUGCACCUGGAAGAUGAUGACCUUCCUGACGGGGACAAGAACUCUGGGGAGCCUUCAUCCGAAGCAGAUGUUUUAAAGAUAGUAAUAGGUGCUGAAAUGAAGGAUCCACUUCCCAAUCUGUCCGUAACCAGUGGUGGGAAUGGCAAAACCGUAACAACCUUGGCGGAGACCACUAAUGUGACUCCACCAGUUUUGCAGAUGAAAACUAGUCCAGAAGCUAGUAAUGCUGACACUUUGUGGAGGCCCAUGCCCAAGCUGGCACCACUUGGCUUGAAAGUGGCAAGUCUGCCAGUGGACUCAGAAGGGCAGAGUAAUAAAGUGAUGCCCUUAUUGGCACCUGUAGUUGCAAAACUGGCACCCAGCGGGGUAAAAACUUCAUUACCUGCAACUGUUCAAGAAGGACAGGAUAACAAAGUGAUGCCCACAUUAGCACCUGUGGUUACGAAACUGAAUACUACUGGGACUUUGCCUUCAAAUUCAGCAGGCAAAUAGAUGCAUAUUUUUUUUUAUCAGAGACUGGAAUGGAGAUCUGGAGCAGUGAAUCAGUGUCGGAGUUCGGCGACCUCCCCUGUCUGCAACACUCGUUUUCUGUAUGGCAUCAGCACUCUCAUCGUCUGAGGGCAGGCCCCAAAUUGAGAAAUAAGUGCUAUGAAACUUUAAGCAUGUUGACAUAUUUUUACCUCACUGUUUUAUUCUGGGUGUUCUCCUUCCCCUUCACAAAACAAGGAAGAUGAUCUAUAACCAUUGC